AUGGGCACUGUUCUGCUGAUCCAGCCCUUGUACUGCUCUUGGAAUCCGUUGGCGGACAUUCUCGAACCCAUCCUGGACUCGGUCGUGCGGAUAACCGUCGAGAUAGAAACGAACAGCCUUAUCUUUGGCAAACGUGCCUUCGUCUCAGCGGGCUCGGGCUUCAUCAUCGAUGACAAAGGCACGAUCUUGACCAACGCCCACGUCGUUGGUGAUAUGGCCGAGGACAGCAAGCUUCUCAUCACCACCAACAGCGGGCUUCAGUUCGAUGGCUAUGUGUAUAGCUCGGACGAGCUCAGUGAUCUUGCCAUCGUCAAAGUGAACCCCUCCGAGGCACAGGCGUACCAUCUGCGCGAGCACCGCCAUAUCUGGCGACCGGUGACAUUUGCACCGCCCGAGAAGCGUCAUAGAGUCGGCGACAUUGUUCUGUCUGUGGGAUCGCCCUUUGGCCUCUACAAUACCGUCACGGCAGGAAUCAUAUCAUCGCGGGCACGCAAGUACAAAGAGAUCGGUGGGCGAGACUCAAUGGUCGAAUUCAUCCAAACCGACUGUGUACUGCACUCGGGAUCCUCCGGUGGUCCGCUCAUCAACACCGACGGUGAGGUCAUUGGCAUCAACACCACGCGGGCGGAAAGCGAUGGCAUCAGCUUUGCGAUCCGGGUCGAUAAAGCUCUCGGAAUGAUUGACCAGUUGCUGACGCACGGCAGGAUCAUCCGUCCGUGGCUUGGUCUCAAGAUGGUUUCGCUGACCGAGUCCGUGUGGCAACAACUGCUUUCCCAGCAGUUUGAAGGCGAUGUGGCAGAUCUGCCACCAUCAAAGCGAGGUAUCCUUAUUGCUUCGGUCUUUGAGGGAUCACCGGGGGAUUCUGCUGGAUGCCGGGCAGGAGAUGUCAUCGUGGCGGCCAACCACGAGCCCAUCACAUCAACGUCGCAGCUACUCGGUUUGAUAGGAAGUCGUAUUGGCAUUCCGUAUGAGCUGACAAUAUGGAGAAACCGCGUGCACAAGACCCCAGACUCUGGGAAACAGACCAAAUCGCUAACACACGGCCAAACGCACGACGAACUCAAGGUCUCGAUCACCCCUGAGGAGCUGGAUGUCCAUUCAAGCACCGAACAUCUCAAUUUUCUCCACACAUAAUCAGCCGUGCUGUCUGUUUAGCGGCGCCGCUUUGCUUCCACUGCAUAGGCUACGCCACGGUGAGAUCGUCGCUGUUGUUGUAGCAGAAUGUUAAACCCACUAUGUUGGAAUAGCAUCCGAAUCAUAGACGGCAAGCUCGUAGCUCUCGACACCAGCCCUGUACCUGGCAUACCUGAAAUACAGAUGGAUCACUGGCAGCCACUCGUCUUCAGUGAUGCCUGUUCUUUCGAAAU